CUCAAAAGGAAAUGGUUUAUUCCAAGUUACAGCUGUAAGGGUCAAAGGUAAAUAUUUCAUCAGCGUCUGAGUUCGGAGCCGGCAGACCUUGUCAGUCUUCCUGUAAAGCUGUGUUUUUCGCAAUCUCUGGGCUAUCAGUCCAUCAUGUCGAGCCAUCCACCCAAGCUGCGUUUCAUCACGUACCUGUGUCCCAGCAUCCCUGUGGAGUACUUUGAGACCAUCAUUUACUACCUGGGAGACAAGCUGGGAUGUGACGUGUCCCUUCUGUACGAGUCGCGGUUCUCCGGACCUCCCGCCGACUCUCCAGACCCUUUCAGUCUCAAUGAAGUGGAUAUAGGCUUUAUGUGCAGUUCGCCCUUCCUAAAGCUGCUGGAGAGCAAGGCUAACGUGUGUGAGCUGCUCCCUGCGGCUCCUCUCGCCAUGCACCCAAAGAACAGUGGGAACAGACCUGUCUACUUCUCUGAUGUCGUUGUUCACAAAGACAAUGUUGUAAAGUAUCCAGAAUUCAAGAACCUCCGGGGAGCACGAUGGGCUUAUAACGAACCCACAUCGCUCUCCGGCUGUCUGUCUACACUGAGCACGCUCAAGAAGAUGGGAGAAAACGCCAACUUUUUUGGCCACUCAGUGCAGUCAGGGAGUCACUUGAAGUCCUUGCAGAUGGUGUUGAACCACACAGUGGACGGAGCAGCCAUAGACUCCUUCUCACUCAUGAUGCAGAAGGCUCAGAAUCUAGAUUUGGAGAAAAACAUCCAAGUGAUAGAGUCCUGGGGACCAUACCCUAUACAGCCUCUGGUCUUCAGAUCAGGGUUAGAUGUUGAGCUGAAACAGAAGGUAACCCAAACCUUGCUUGAAGCACAUACCGAUCCUGAGAUGAGAGCAAAACUGGGACAGUUCGGCAUCACCAAGUUUGUACCUAUCAACAUGUCACUGUUCGACAGGGAAACCCAGCUGCAGGAGGAUGUGAAAGGGUUAACUAGUAGACCAGCUUACUACUAAACUAAGUGCCGGUCACUUUAUGGGGUUUACUGGAAAGUUGUCAGUAGCACUUGUGUGUUUGGUAUUUGGGUCCACUAAAUGUAAAAUAAUGAGAUUAUGCUGUGGCCUUCCAGCAGGAAAACCCUUCCUGAUUGCUUAUAGAAAAGAUUUGUAAUCCUCUGUAUAUAGGAGAGUUGGAAAUUAAUAUAACUGCUAUGUUCUUCAUUCAGUUUGUGCAUUUUUUCUAUGUCAUUCAAAAGUUCUAAAAGUACAGACAUAGUGGUAGCAAAUUCAUCUUAGCAGCACUGCCACUUAUAACAUAUUUACAAAGACAUGUGAAUGAAUAAUAUCAGUUUGUUCUCUUAGAUGAGAACAAACUGAUAUUCUGAUCUUAAUAACUUCAUAAAAAAUAGCCACUGAAAUUUUGACAUAGUCACUGACUUAUGUUGGCUAUGAAGCUCUAUAUAGUACACUAAAUCAGCAGGUUUGAUAAUACUCAAGAUUGUCCAGAUGUAGCCUGGCCUUAUAGUUGCCACCAACUAGGAGGGGAGGAAGUUAUUAACCCCAGCCAGUGAGAGAUGUGUAAACACAGGCUUGUCUAGAUGUGAAAGCUGAGAUUCGGGAUUAUCCCAAUUCUCAGCAUUGUUCAAGACACCUGCAGCUUCAGUGCUUAUUAUUGUAUGGUCAGAAAAAUUAUAUCUAAUCGCAUGGCUCCAUUCAAGUGCAUGGCAGAGUUGCAAUAAAGAUGAAUGCUUAUUAUAAUGUUUUAAUCCUUCUUGAGUGUUGCUAAAUGAUUUGUGUGUUUGAUACGCCAAGUGAUGCUUUCCUCUUAACUGUUACAAAUAUAUAAAAGUAUUUCUAAAUUAUCAUA